GCAGCGCAAGCAAAAGGAACCCAUGAGCAGAAGCUCAAGGCCUCAGGGCGGCGCGUAGGCUAACGCUGCCGACGCCUCCCGGGCCCGCCGCUCAGUCUCUCGACCGUGACACGUGUGCAUGGAGCUAGGAGAAGGAAGGAGGAUGCUUGAACUCGACGUCAGACGCACGUAUGCUUGCGACACGAUCGACGUCCCUUGGUGAUUACCACAUGUGGUUAGCUGCUGGCUACUUGUCCUGUACCUUCCUCUCUCUGCCCCCUUAUAAAGGCAGGUGAGCACUGCACCUUAAUCCUCAGUACUAGCUCCUCCUCUAUCCAUCUCAACUCGCAGUCAGACAGAGCUUGUGCUGGCCGCCAUCGAUCAGGUUCUGAGCGAGCUUUCUUGAUCACCUGAUAAUUUAGCUGGGUGCAAGGGCGGUGGGUCAACAGCAAUGGGGAGGCAGCCGUGCUGCGACAAGGUGGGGCUAAAUAAGGGGCCGUGGACAGCGGAGGAGGACCAGAGGCUCAUCAGCUUCAUCCUCGGCAACAGCCAGUGCUGCUGGCGCGCCGUGCCCAAGCUCGCCGGUGCGUGCAUGCCUGGUCACUCAUCCUUACCGGAUCCCGCGGAUAACCAUCUCCGUUUCACGAAUUUCUCGAUGACAGAAUUUUCGUGUCUCGCGCGAAAAACAGGGCUGCUGCGGUGCGGGAAGAGCUGCCGGCUGCGGUGGAUGAACUACCUGCGGCCGGACCUCAAGAGGGGCCUGCUCUCCGAGGCCGAGGAGAAGCUCGUCAUCGACCUACACGCCCAGCUCGGCAACAGGUGGUCGAAGAUUGCGUCGCACCUGCCAGGCCGGACAGACAACGAGAUCAAGAACCACUGGAACACGCGCAUCAAAAAGAAGCUCAAGAAGAUGGGGAUCGACCCCCUCACCCACAAGCCCCUCUCACCCUCUCCGCAGCAGCAACAGCAGCAUAGCCAGAGUCCGCUGCCCACCGGCGACUCGCCACAAGCGCGCGAACCACCAGUGGACCAGGAGAAGACGGCCGCUGAGGCGACGACCAGCCAGAACGUCGACGAUGAGGAUGAGCUGCUCCUCAGGAAGUCGCCUGGUUUCUGCACCAACGAGGUGCCGAUGAUGCACCCGGACGAGAUCGUGGUGCCACUGUGCGACAAGCAGCAGUUGCCGCCGCCGUUACCAAAGUCGACGUGCGCCGCAGCCGCCAACACGGUCGUUUCGGCACCGACCACGUCUUACUCUACGGUCUCUAACUCGGCGUCGAGCGGCGACCAGGAGGCGCUGUUCCAGAUCAUGGACAUGGAAUGGCGGCCGGAGGCCAUGUUCCUGAUGGGGCUGGAGGACAUGAUGGAGCCGGCGCCGUGGGACGACUGCCUGGGUCAGCCGCCGCCGCCGCCGGUGUACGAGGACCUCUUCGGUGCUUACCAGUACCAGAGGAGUAGCGUUGCGUUUGGGCAGGAGGCAUGGAACAAACUUGAGCUCUUCUAAUUAGUCAGUUAACCUCUCUAAUAAAUUAAAUUGGCAGUGUUCUUCUGUUAA